AUGGGCAGGAGUCAGACCGCUGUCCCGCCCCCAAGAGACGCUCGUCCUCCCCCUCAGGGACGUCGCUCGCUGUCCCAGGACUCUGUUCUCCGAGCUGCAGCUGCAGCCGACAAGGCCAAGGGCUCAGCUGGGCGCACCCGCACUGGCAAGAAGGGCUCAGUCCACGCCGAUGUCAUAGAUAGAUUGGAUUUCUCUGGUGUUGGGCCGAUGUUCCAUCACGAUGGUCCCUUUGACGCCUGCGCCCCCUCUCGUAACCGCCACCGCACCAAGGCCCCUAUGCUCGCCUGGACUUCCACGCCACCCGCUGAUCAACAGGCGCUGAACGAUGCCUACACGCCCGGCGGGUACGAGUCGCCAUACCCUGCUUCCAAUCCCUACGAGAGCCCCUACGAGCAGCCGAAGAAGAAAGUAGAUGCGAUUGCCGAAGCAUGGGGCAUCCAUGAGCCCGAACCGUAUGAAGAGUUUUUCGCGGGUGGCGGCAACGGCCGCCACGACGAAUCUGCCCCCAACUCCAUCUACAACGGACGAGAAAGGCACGGCAAUGAUUCUUCUCGGGGCAGACGCAGUGGACCUAGAGACGGGCGGCAAGAUGGUACCCCUCGUCGUCCGCCUAACCCACACAAGCGAUCCGCUCUUCCCCCUCCUCAGCCUAUUUUCGUCCCCGACACCGCAGAGAACCUUCCCGCUGAUCCGCCGUCCCCUCAGUCCGCGCCUGGUCAUGGUUCUGGCGCCGGCGGCAUUAAUCUGCCCAAGCGAAGCAGGAGUCUGAUGCAGCGCAUCAAGAAGAUGAGGGAAACACCCAAUGUUCCCGUCGGAUACGAAGAUGUACCCAGUGGAGAUGGCUCGCCCACUAGCUCGACGGAGAACAACUACACUGGGUACGGGGCGACGCCGCAAAGGCCCACUCAUCGUUCCCAGAACUCCUUCCUUGGACGGUUCGCAAAGCCCCCCGGCAACAGUACCAAUGCGUACGGUCAUCCGAAGGACAUUUCCCCGACUUUUGACGGGUCUGAUCCCUACGUCUACGUCGAUGUACCGGAGGUGCCGGGUAGAGGCAGCACUUCUGUGAAUAGGGAGAAGAGCCUCCCUGCUGCGCCGCUCACGGACAGGACUCCUUCUGGAUCCGGUUCAGGUGAUUACUUCGAGGGGCGUGGCGGAGAUGCCACGACGCCGGGUGGUUCCUUGGGCAGGAAGACGAGUUUGUUGAAGAAGAUGAGGGGUGUUGUGAGGAAGUGA